ACCCAUAUACUCCUAGUUACAGCGCUUAAUCAUCGCAUUCGCAAUCGACAUAUACACGCUACUCGUAUGAUCACAUCAAAAUGGCGACUCCAACGCAACAACCUCCCAUCCCACCCGAACAACGCCUCGCCCUCGAACAGCAAGCCCGCUACCAGCGCAUAACACGUAAUCUUGCUAUCGGUGGCAUCGUAUUAUGUCCCAUAAUUGCGCUCCUGCCCCCGCGCAAACUAGACCUCUACACCUUCUCCCUUGGCGUGGGCUUCUACCUCUCCGCCGACCAUCUCGUUACGCUGCGAACUGGACGAGGGUUGGUAGAGAGUUUGAGUCCGAUGAAGGCGGUGGAGUUGCCGACAGAGAAAGCACGGGAAAUACAGAGAAUACUAGCAGAAGAGAGAGAGAAAGGGCGCAAAGGCUUAGAAAAGCAGAGUGAAGAGCAGAAGGGUGUGCUAGGAAAGUUGUGGAUGGGGGAUGAAAAAGAAGGGUGGAAAGAGAGGAGGUUAGAAGAAGAGAAGAAGGCACUGGAAGAGGGGAAGAGUUAUACGGAUAUGAUUUUCGAGCAGAUUUGGGACGUGUGGAAUUGGGAUAAAAAGAAAGGCGGGGAAGAUGCUGGGCCGAAGAAGGAGUAAAUACCCAUGAUGAAGGAUGCGGAACGAUUUGUACGAUGGCGCCGAUGUACAGUAUGGCAGAAUCAAGAGCAUAUAGGCUGCAUAGGGCUUCUGGGCGUUCAUGGCAUUGGACUUCUACUAUGACAGGACUACUGCGCUUUGCAAUACUAUCUCCCAAAUUGGGAACCCUUUUCGCUUCAAAUCAUCCGACCGUUCGAAGAUCUUGGACUGAGAUGUCUCAUUUGGACCUAUAUCUUCGACAGAUUGUCACAGCAAAUCUAAGAUUCACGACCGCCUUUCGAGACUGCUGUCAUGUGAAGACCAGUGCACUGACAGUCGCACC